CUCCAUGGCUUCGCGAGUACAUCGAAUUCAAAUACAAUACAAAUUUUAGAAUUUUAGCAAAGAAUGAGUUCGAGAGAAACUUAUUCAAAUUAAUGAACAACGCGGUUUUCGGCAAGACUAUGAAGAAUGUGCGUGACCAUGUUAAUGUGCGACUCGUAAUGCGUUGGGAUGGGAGGUAUGGUAUAGAGGCAAUGAUCGCGAAACCAAACUUUCAUAGUAGAAGCGUUUUUUCUGAGAACCUGAUAGAAAUACGGAAACUCGAGGUGAAGUUCGACAAAACGAUAUAUCGGUACGGCCCAUGCGUGCUUACUCAACACAUCGAUAAUGUGAAUGUAGUGAUAAUCUUUGUUGAAUCGUGUGUAAGGCCGCAUCUCGACCACAUCAGCCUACCACAGGUCAUCGUAUCCGUAAACUAUGACACGUCUGCAUGGAAAAUUUUUUCUCGCCGGAGCAUGUUCUUCCAAUAAUCGCCACUUUUCAAGGUUUUUCUUCUUAGACAUGUUACGUUAUGUUAUGAUUAUUGCUAUAUAUUGCGUAAAAUAUCAGAAAGUUCUUAAAUGCAAACGUUAUUCAUCGGCAUUUUGAUGUAAAAUGAUUGUAUCUCUUUUCAAUUUAUAAUAAAGCCAACUUCAUGAAGCUCCUCAAUAAUAGACAAUAUUUCGUUACCAUGAGCGUUAUUACCUGCCUAACGUGAGGCCUCAAGCAAUCGGAGACGAUCCACUAGCUCGUUAGGAUACCAAUGAACAAAAUCGAUUUUAUUGUCGUUUAGAGUAGUGCGUGGUAAACCUUUUUCGACUCUUUUACCUAACUUGUCUAGUUUCCUGGACAGUGAUGCGAAUUCCGGGCCGCUUGCAGCA